UGUUGUGUGCGGUGUUUGCGCUCGCGAUGGUGGUUCUGGUUCUGGUCCUCGUGGUCCCGCUGCUGCUGCUCGGCUCGUCUCAGUCCUCCGCGCGCCACUUUGAGAUGAUGGGAACCUGUCGCAUGGUGUGUGACCCGUACACCCCGAAACCCGGAGCGUCCAGCGCCAUGGAGGUGAUCCACAACCUGGACGAUGCGGCUCCGCAGCCGCGGGUGGCGCAGGGGGGGCGCGGGGAGCCGGGGAGGGCGGGUAAACCCGGACCCAGAGGCCCGCCGGGAGAACCAGGACCCCCGGGACCCAGAGGUCCACCGGGACCGAGGGGCGACAGUAAAGUGUCCUUCCCGGCGCUGAGCGGGGCUGCUCCAGGACCAGGACCCGGACCAGGACCCGCGGACUCGGACAAUGUGAACUUGACCAGCACCAGCACCAGCACCUUCCGGAUCGCGUUCUACGUGGGUCUGAAAAACCCGCACGAGGGAUACGAGGUGUUAAAGUUCGACGACGUCAUCACGAACCUGGGGAACAACUACGACCCGAGCAGCGGGAAGUUCACGUGCCAUGUGUCCGGAAUCUACUUCUUCACCUACCACGUGCUCAUGCGCGGCGGGGACGGAACCAGCAUGUGGGCCGACCUGUGCAAGAACGGACAGGUCCGGGCCAGUGCCAUCGCUCAGGACGCCGAUCAGAACUACGACUACGCCAGCAACAGCGCCGUGCUGCACCUGGACUCUGGGGACGAGGUCUACGUCAAACUGGACGGCGGCAAAGCUCACGGAGGAAACAACAACAAGUACAGCACCUUCUCUGGCUUCAUCCUGUACCCCGACUAAACCACAACAACAACAACAACAACCACAACAACAACAACAACAACAAGUACAGCACCUUCUCUGGCUUCAUCCUGUACCCCGACUAAACCACAACAACAACAACAACAACAACAACAACAAGU